AUGCGAAUAUUUUGGCAGUUGUUGAGCCAUGCAGCCAAAAGUCAUGCUAUACGACCAAUUCCAAAACUUCCUGUCAAACUUUCUCAGCCUACUUUGCCUGUGACGGUCAAAGUGAGUCCAAAUGUUUCGAAAAAGCAAACAAAGAAGAAGGUGCAGCUUGCUGUCGCGAGUGUCUCCAACUUGAAGCAGAAUAGUGGUGAUCAUGGGCCACAGGUUAGCAAUAAGGAAUUGGAACUGGCGAAACCUACGACAACUGAAGCUACGACAGCGGACGAGAAAACCUUGACUGAUUCUCAUCUACUGGCAGGAUCUGCCAAAAAAAAAGUGGAAAAAGUGAAAACAAAAAGGCGAAAGUCGAAGACGAAACUAAAAACUGGCCCUUUGCCGGUUAAAAAGAACCUCUCUGAAUCAAAACAGCUGGAGGAAAAAAAAAUCUGCGGAAGAAAGUCAGGAGGUAACAAGAAGAAAGACAAGUUCAAGCCAGUCACGGGGAUCGUGGACGUGCUCGGUGGUCUACCUCUCUUCUUUGCAAACCAUAAAACAGUCGAUGUCGACGGAACUCCCAUAGAAAUCAUAUACCGCGACUUGAGUAUUCAGGCAAGAGCCAAUGUGAAAAAGUUGCACACGGAAGUUGAAGACGAUUACAAAGGUUCCCGGUUCGUAAACUAUGAUGAAAUUGUCGCUGCUGGCGGGAGCGGGUACGAGCUCAAUUCGGAUUCAAGCGAAAUCCACGUUGGUUUGAUAUGUCGAGAGUCCAAGUCGCUAGUGACGCAUUUGCUCAAAUUAGAGUCUGCAGCGACACGGAAUUUCACUAACAGAACCGCGUGUGAAGUGUUGAACAGUAUUGGAAGUCUGCUUGUUUAUGAGCAUUUGAUCAAGUGGUGUUUUUUCGGCAACCAGAACAUGGAUGAAAUCGCGCACAAGUUUCGCCUCAAAUGUAGCAAACUACGAUUGAAAAAAUGCAAUGGCGGCGAAAAAGAAACAGACGAUGGAAAGAAGAAUGUUUCCUAUUAUGUGGGUGCCUUUCCUAUCAACCAAUUUUUGGCCAUGCUUUAUUUGGAAAAGAAGGACCACGAGCAGGUGCUAUUUCAAUAUCUAGAGCCCGGGGUCGAUUUUCGCUCAGAGACGGAGUUGAACAUUUUACAUGGCAAGGAGGCAAAUGCUUUAUUUGAGUUUCUAGAGACAUCCACACAAACGUUGAACAUGAAUCUCUUUGGACAGACGGCAAAGCAUACGUUUAUGAGUCCGCUUCCGAAGCGACUUCCAUCGAUACCCAAAUUUCAGCAAAAAUGGUCCUAUGACUUGACUCGCAUUUCGCUACACUAUCCCGUGUGGUAUCACAAGAACGCCAGUGCAGAAUACCAGAGCAUAGGACAGUCGGUGAAAGGGCUCGAUGCGUUGGGAGACACGAUUUUGAAGCGGUACUCAGCAGAGUUUUUGAUUGGUUAUCACCAGCGAAAUCGGAAAUUUGCAUUCAGCAUGGACGAUGUGCAUUUCUUAAACAGCAACAUCUUGUUUACUCGGCUUUGCUUGUCGUACAAGUUGCACGAAGGAGUCACUGGCAAAACCAAAACCAUGUGGGAAAAGGCCAUCACCACCAUGAACCACGAUAAAGUCAAUGAGUUGAUGGGGGACAUGUUUGAGCGCUUGGUGGGCGUGUCCCAUAUCGACGACCAUCUCAAAUGCAAGGAAUGGGUGUUUGGAAUCUAUGAAUGUGUUGUGCAAAACCUCAUGACUGAAAAAGAUGGCGUGGAGAUUAUUGAUAAAAGGAAAUACUUGAAGCUUUACAAGUACCACAUCAACAACUCCACAAUGUAUUAA